AUGGUGGCAACACCACUUAAAAAUGGGAACAUCUGGGGGGGUGAGAUAGAUAUUUUUUUGGAUGGAUAUUACCAACGAAAUAAGAUUCUUCUAAUGACACUUGGAGUAUGGCCGGAAUUUCCGAAACGGUCAAGAAUUAUUGUACAAUGUCUUGUUGUUCUGUCGUUGCUGACGAUAGUGGUACCACAGUGGGCAUUUUUCAUUCAAGUGUGUGACAAUCUAGAGGAUUUGGCAACUGGAAUCUCACAUCAAAUGUUGGUUGUUAUAGGAUUUGUAAAAUUUUGCUUCUUUAUAAAGAAGAAGGAACAGAUUCAAAUAAUCCUCAAUUCCGUAAGAGAGGAUUGGUGCCUUGUGGAUGAAUCAGUUGUUGAAACUAUUCGAACUUUUGCUGAAAAGGGCUACUUACGAACCACAGUUUAUAUGGUUAUCAUCUACUCUGCAGUAGUAAUUUUUUGUCUGUUUCCUUUGAAGCCACUAUUCCUUGAUAUGAUCUUUCCUCUGAACGAAUCAAGACCAAAAAUGUUUGUCUUGCAAACCGAUUACUCUGUCUUUGGCAUCAAUGUGAAUGACCAUCAUUUUAUGAUCACAAUGCAUGGGUUGUUUACUGUGACGAUCGUGGUACAUUUUUUAGUAACAAUCGAUACUUUCAUUUCAAUCAUAGUCCUACAUUGUUGUGGACUCUUUGAAGCUGUUGGCGAGAUGUUACGACAGAUCCAGGCAAAUUUUCCUUCAGAGCGGAAAUAUAAAAUCCUAUGUGACGGCAUAAUAAUACAUCAUCGAGCCAUAACAUUGGCGGAGUCCAUUGAAACAUCAUUUACAAUAAUGAAUGGGAUCGUAGUUUUGCUGGCCAUGAUACUAAUCAGUAUUACAGGACUUGAAAUAAUUAUUAAAAUGGAUGAGCCUGUCGAAGUGAUUAGAUACGCUACAUUUGCAGGUGGCGUGAUUCUCCACUUGUUAUUCAUAAGUUUACCAGGUCAAGAAUUAUCUGAUCAUAGCAGUCAAGUAUCGGAAGGAAUGUACGCGCAAAGACUGAUAUCCAUCAUGUUAAUGCGUAGCAUGAAACCAAUGCAGAUGACCGCUGCAAAAUUUUACCCUCAGAAUUUGGAGAGUUUUGGGAAAGUCUUGAAAACUUCGUUUUCGUUCUUCACAGUGAUGCUGUCAAAUCGAUGA